AUGCCGUUUUCUCAUCAUGGUCGGAGUGACUUGUCGUCCUCGGCCUUGUUGGGGCUGAACGACUUACUUCAUCAACCGGUGGGCGAAGCGGCACGUGCAGGGCACCCGGGGGCCGGUUCAAGGUCCUGCGAGGAAAGCGUCGUGUCGCGGCACUCCAGUGUUUCCGGAGAGGAUGCGGAGGGCAAAGCCCAUGCGCAGGCCAACACCGAGGCCAAGGCUUUGGACGCGCACGCGCUGCUCACUGUGGCCUCUUCUGUGGAGGAGAUGCUGUCCAUCCCGGACGACGAAAAACUGGAGGACGAGGUCCUGGUGGUGCCGCAGAACCCCGUCAGGCCCAGUGAAGAUGGAGAGGGGAAGGACGACGGGCGGCGGCCUCCCUCCCCAUUUUUGGUCUUGUGCUACGGCGCGCGCGGCGGUGAGCUCACAAGUAGUGGCCCGGUGGAUGUCAACGUCAUCGAUUUGGAGAAGGAGCUUGCGGGCGUGCGGAACAAACUCAGGGCAGUGCGGGGGGAUGAGGAGGAGCGGCGACAAAAACUCUACGAGGUGUGGAAGUUGGAGGCUAAAAGUAAAGCUGCAUUCUCCUUGGCUUCGCCCCGUAUGUUGCGAGGAGGGGGGAAACCAAGUCAGACCGCCACAUCGGCCGAGGAUGACGCGGAUGCGUCUAGAACGGCCUUCCCAGACGCGGCUUCCAGCGUGAUCGGCAAUGCGGGAUCGGUGGCCAAAGGAAGUCCUUUGCCUCCGCCUAAAACUGAAAGGGUGCGCGAAGACGAGAAGGAUGCAGGAAAUGAGACCCUGGUAGGGCAAGCUUCUGACGGCUGUGAGGACGACACCGGCUCCUCCUCAUUUGCUAGAACACCUAAAAAGAAAAAGGGUGCCAUGACUGUGGAUUCUACUGAUGUAUGUACCAACAACUUUAGCUUGGGAAACUGGAAAGGCGUGCCUGUGUCGCGCGCCUGCCAGCCACAGCAUAGGGAUGUUAACAGGGCAGGAAAGCGGCGUUUGAGAGGGAAGCGUACCAAGAAAAUACAAUCUCCAGUUCUUGCUACUACUGCCAAAGGUGAUGAGAAGUCUACUGCGGGAGAUGAGCGUAGUGCUAGAGGGACUCGCCCGGUAGCUAGGGGCGACAAAGAAGUCGUUAAUGGCUGUAGGGACGAUGACGAGGAAGUGGAUUUUGCCAGCUGCCCCCUUAGGUUGAUGCAAACAGGUAGUGGGGGAAUGCUGGAAUUCGUCUUUGACGACGAUGACGCUGCCAAGCGCAAGACAUUUCAUGAGGCUGAGACCGCGUUGAUGCUAGCAGAGCAGCGCAUUCUUUUGCAGAUGGAAACGCUGCACCACAACCGCCUAAAAACCGGUAAACACUACUGGCAAAGUAAUGAGUCUGUGAGUCAUUGUACACGUUGUGGCAGACCCUUUUCCAUCACGGUGCGGAAGCAUCAUUGCCGCCGUUGCGGUGUUCUGCUAUGUAAUGAUUGCUGUUCGCAGGUUGGGCGUGACAUGUACGCGCUUCAAACUGAGGCAACGAGUAAGAUGGAGGAAGAAGAUGUGCUUCUUGUGAAUGAAGACGGAGAGAGUCAGGACACAGCGGCGGCGGCGGCUGAGGGCACCAGUAGCCCUAGGAAUGAGUAUGAGUGGAUGUUUGACACCUGCGAUCUCACGGACGGCUCGAGCUGGCGGCAAGACGGGGGUGACGACGACAAGAAUGCCGCCCAGUUUUGCAAGCUCACGGCAUCCAAUGCUGCCCAGGAAUCGGGGCGUGGACGCGGUGGGCUCAAGGUGCGCACUGCCCCAUGGUGCCGAAUUUGCAACUGCUGCUACCUUAUCUGUUUGCGCGCUCGCAUUGAACGGAAUUACAGCGACGUCCUCAGCGACGGCCGGCGCCGCUUCCAUGUGUUGCGGGACGAUGAGCAGGCCUUUACAAACUUGAAUAUGGCGUGGGAGGCACGCGUCGCGCAACUAGAUGUUCUGAAGCAUCUCAUCGUGGAGCGCGCCACAAGUGCCGCACAGGGGAAGAUAGAUCACAUUGCCAGCCUCUUCAGGGAGUGGGUGCGCAGCUUGGGGCGCCGCGUGGAGAAGCCCCCCGUUGAGGGCAGCAGUAGUCGCAGUAGCUGCGGCAGUGGAGGCCAGUGA